AUGGCAUUUUAAGACUCAAAGACAAGCGCAUCGUCGAACCAUCGAGCCUUAAGCAAGAGAUAUGGCUUCACGUAGCAUGAUGUACCUGCGUGUUUUGAUCAUGGUUGCUCUAGCAACCGCAGCUUUCUCUGCAAAUCUCUCACCAACUUUCUACAAUAAAGUAUGUCCCCAGGCCUUGCCAACCAUUAAGAAAAUCGUAGAGGAAGCUGUGAAGAAGGAGACUCGCAUGGGUGCUUCAUUGCUUCGUCUUCAUUUCCAUGAUUGCUUCGUUAAUGGUUGUGAUGCUUCAAUUCUGCUAGAUCGCACUUCCAGUUUUCUUAGCGAGAAGACUGCUCCUCCCAAUAACAACUCUGUUAGAGGAUUCAAUGUCGUCGAUAAAAUUAAAUCUGCCGUAGACAAAGCUUGCGGAGGUCCAGUCGUGUCCUGCGCGGAUAUUUUGGCUGUUGCAGCUCGCGACUCUGUGGUUGCGCUAGGUGGGCCAACAUGGAAGGUGCUAUUAGGGAGGAGAGACUCGACCACUGCGAACAGGACCCUGGCUACCGUCAACCUUCCCUCCCCAUUUUCGAACCUUUCCACACUCAUCAGUAACUUUAAGAAUCAAGGGCUGAACAGAAAAGACCUAGUGGCGCUGUCGGGUGGACACACAAUCGGCUUAGCACGGUGCAUUAUCUUCAGAAGCCGCAUUUACAAUGACACAAACAUCCAUCCAAGCUACGCUCGUGCAAGACAAGCAAUUUGCCCCGUCUCUGGAGGUGACAACAAUUUUGCUCCCCUAGACCACACACGGUCACUCUUCGAUACGGUAUAUUUUACCAACUUAGUGAAGAGAAAGGGUCUCCUUCACUCGGAUCAGGAAUUAUUUAAUGGUGGCUCAACUGACUCACUGGUGAAGACCUACAGCACCAACUUCAAAGCUUUCUCAGCGGCUUUUGCCAAGUCUAUGAUUAAAAUGGGAAAUAUAAAGCCGCUGACUGGAAAGAAGGGACAGAUCCGAGUGAACUGUAGAAAGGUGAACUCCAGCUAAAAGGCGGAAGUUGUGAUGGAUGCUUGCUCUGCGCCGCUUCGUAUGUAUAUGUGCGUAUGUGUGUGUUUCGAUUUUGGAACGAUGGCCAGGCCAAAGUCUGGACUCUGGAGGUGGAGAGGGUGCGGGUCUGCUCGAUCGGUUCUGAUGAUUUUUGUUUGGAUUUCAUGUGUCAAGUCGUACAAUAAUUUAUCUCUGUUCCUUCCGGAAGGGAAGACACCAAAUUUGAAAAGUUAUUGUUAUUUUGAAAAGUGAAAGCUGUCAAAAAAUUGGUCUAAA